GAGUUGAGGAAAGCAGCUAUAGUCAUCCGGGCCCACGUCUUGGGCUACAUGGCAAGGAAGAAGUAUCAAAAGGUGCUAGCCAGUGUUGUUAUAAUCCAAAAGAACUACCGAGCUUACUUCUGGAAGAAGAGCCUCCUGCGACUGAAGGCCUCUGCAGUCACCCUGCAGAAGCACUGGCGUGGCCGCCUGGCUCGCAGCCUCUACCAGCACCUGCUGCAGCAGGAACUCAGGCGGAAGCAGGAAGCGGAGGAGAGAAGGAGGCAAGAAGAGGAAGAACAGAUCAGAAGAGAGGAAGAGGAAAGACAAUGGCAAGAAGAGGAGGAGCGUAGGAGGAAACGGGAAGAGGAGGAGGUGAAGGAAAGAGAAAAGGAGCAACUGAAUGAGCUACUCCAGGUGGCUCAGGUGGAAGCAGUAAAGACUGAGGAGGUAGAUAUUCCCCUGCAAGAAGAAGAGAGACGUCAGAUGGAGGAGAUCUUAAGACUGGAGAAGGAGAUUGAGAAGUUGCAGCAACAGAAAGAGGAUCACAUGUCUAUCAUCUGUGAAAACACCAGGAAUGAAAUCAAUCGGCAGCGAGAAGAAGAGAUCCAGAGGCUGGAAAAGGAGGCAUCCAGGGUUGCCCAGGAGUUUUUGGACCUGCUGGAUUUUGGCAAUCUGGAUGAAAGUGUGCAGAACUUAGAGCGCUCACUUUCUAGUGAGGGGACACUCAACAUUGACUGCAGCCUGGUGGCACCACUGGCUGAAGAAGAAGUGGAUGAGGGUUUUCAUGCUGAUGAUGAGGGACGGCCAACUUCCAGUUUGCUGGUCUUGAAUAAGCAUGGCACAAGAAACAGCAAUAACUACUCAGAGGAAGGUGCAGACACAAGACUUGUCCAGAGGGAAGUGAGAGAGGUUGUCCCAUCUCCAGGACAACUUGUGGAAAGAACCACUAGCCCCAAGGAGCAGAGAGCCUUAUCUGACCCAGCAGAAAGCAUUUACAGCACUGUCUCAGAUAUGCAGAGGAUUAACAGCGGAGAGGUGGGAGAGCCGAUUUACACUUCCCCCCCAGAUGUGGAGUCUGACUAUGACCAUGAGGAGUUUGAUGGCUGUGGAGAUGCAGGUAGCGCCUCAGCUGAGCCCCUGAACGAUGAAGAAGGUCUGAGACACUCCCAUGGUACCAGCCUGGACUCCAACCGUGGUAGCCUGGACUCGUUUCUGGACAGUGAAGAAGAAGUGGAUGUUUACAUUGAUACAGAUGAAGAGUUUUGUAAUGGACGAGUCACUAUCUUCAAUGGCUCGGGACCACCCUAUUUUCACAGCUAUCUCUACAUGAAGGGAGGUCUCAUGAACCCAUGGAGGCGACGCUGGUGUGUUCUGAAGAAUGAGGCCUUCAUGUGGUUCCGCACCAAGCAAGAGGCGCUGAAGUCAGGCUGGCUCUAUAAAAAAGGUGGAGGAAUGUCAACACUUUCACGUCGCAACUGGAAACGCCGUUGGUUUGUGCUUCGAGAAUCCAAGCUGAUGUAUUUUGAGAAUGAUAGCGAGGAAAAGCUGAAGGGGACAAUUGAUAUCAGAAGGGCAAAGGAGAUUGUGGACAUUCAUGAAAAGGAGAAUGCCUUGGACAUUGUGACAGAAGACAGAGUUUAUCACAUUGUUGCAGAGUCACCAGAAGAUGCCAGUGGUUGGUUUAAUGUCCUGAGCCGAGUACACAGCGCUACAGCGCAGCAGCUGAGGGAAAUGCAAGAUGAACAGGCCAAUCCAAAGAAUGCUGUGGGAACCCUGGAUGUUGGGCUUAUUGACUCUGUCUGUGCAUCAGACAAUCCUGAUAGACCAAAUUCUUUUGUGAUCAUCACAGCAAAUCGAGUGAUUCACUGCAACAGCGACACCCCUGAGGAGAUGCAUCACUGGAUCUCCCUGCUGCAGAAACCAAAAGGCGAAUCUAAGGUUGAUGGCCAGGAAUUCCUUGUGAGAGGCUGGCUUCAUAAAGAGGUUCAGAGUAGCAACAAGAUGUCCUCUCUGAAGAUGAAGAAACGCUGGUUUGUUCUGACAAACACUGCCCUUGAUUACUACAAGUCAUCUGAGCGUACAGCGGCCAAGCUUGGCACGCUUGUGCUCAAUAGCCUCUGCUCCGUAGUGCAGCCUGAUGAGAGGGUCUUCAAAGACACAGGCUAUUGGAACAUCAUUGUCCAUGGGCGAAAGCAUUCCUACAGACUGUACACAAAGCUGUUGAAUGAAGCCAUGCGCUGGGCCUCUGCCAUUCAAGGUGUCAUUGACAGCAAAGUUCCCAUAGAAACACCUACACAGCAACUCAUUCGUGACAUCAGGGAAAACAGCACAAACUUUGAAGUAGUGGAACAGACAUAUAGGAGGAACCCAAUCUUGCGAUAUACCCAGCACCCUUUGCAUUCCCCAUUGCUCCCACUACCCUAUGGAGAUGUUAAUGUCAGCUUGCAACAAGAGAAGGGUUACAGCAGCUUACAGGAUGAAGCAGUGAAGAUCUUCAACUCCCUUCAGGAAAUUGAGACAGUGUCUGACCCCAUACCCAUUAUCCAAGGCAUUCUGCAGACCUGCCAUGAUUUAAAGCCCCUUCGUGAUGAAGUGUACUGUCAGCUCAUCAAACAAACUAAUCACAUGCCACAUCCCAACAGUACUGGGAACCUGCACCACUGGCAGCUGAUGUCGUGCAUGAGCUGCACUUUCCUGCCUAGCAGAGGGAUCCUGCGCUACCUCAAAUUCCACCUGAGAAGGGUAAAAGACCUCUUUCCAGGCUCAGAAAUAGACAGGUAUGCGCAAUUCAUAAGUGAUUCCUUGAAGAGAACAAAGACAAGGGAGUUCGUGCCCUCCCAGGAGGAAAUACAGGCUCUUCUCACCCGUGAAGAAAUGACCACGACAGUGUACUGCCAUGGUGGUGGCUCCUGUAAAAUAACCAUCAAUUCCCACACAAGUGCUGGGGAGGUGGUUGAAAAGCUGAUCCGCGGUUUAGCAAUGGAGGACAGCCGUAAUAUGUUUGCGCUCUUUGAACAUAAUCAGCAGGUGGACCGUGCUGUUGAGAGUCGAGUGAUUGUGGCUGAUAUCUUGGCCAAAUUUGAGAGACUUGCUGGCUCUGAAGAAGAGGAGGAGGAAGGACAGUGGCAGCUGUAUUUUAAGCUUUAUUGCUUUUUGGAUGUUGAGAAUGUUCCUAAAGAUGGAGUGGAGUUUGCUUUCAUGUUUGAGCAGGCUCAUGAAAGCCUCAUAGAUGGUCAUUUUCCUGCACCAGAGGACACUCUGCAGCGCCUAGCAGCUCUACGGCUGCAGUACCUUCAUGGAGACUAUUCUAAAAUAAGUUGGACCCUGGAUGGAAUCUACCCAGUUAACAGACUAAAAUCCAAAAUACUGCACUCAACAAAGAGCAGUGGCACUACCAGUCACACUCUGGAGAGGAGACGGACCAGCUUCCUUGAAGGGACGUUGAAACGUAGCUUCAAGACAGGCUCUGUAAAGAAGCAGAAGGUAGAAGAGGAGCAGAUGAUGGAGAUGUGGGUAAAGGAAGAGCUUUCAGCUGCUCGGGCAAGUAUAGCGCAGAAAUGGACCAAGCUGCAGGGACUCUCCCAGCAUCAAGCCAUGGUGAAAUACAUGUCCAUUGUAAAGGAGUGGCCAGGUUAUGGGUCAACUCUCUUUGAUGUUGAGUGCAAGGAGGGUGGAUUUCCAAAUGAUCUUUGGCUUGGAGUCAGCACAGAGAAUGUGUCUGUCUACAAACGAGGGGAUCCUAAACCACUAGAAACUUUCCAGUAUGAGCACAUUGUAUUCUUUGGAGCACCACAGCCUAACACCUUCAAAAUUACAGUGGAUGAGAGAGAAAUGUUCUUUGAAACAUCCCAGGUGGGCGAGAUAAUAAAGAUCAUGAAAGCAUACAUCAACAUGAUCGUGAAGAAACGCUGCAGUGUUAAAUCAGCCACCAGUGUGGACAGUCACGCUAGCAUCUGGACUAGGUGAUACGAAUGAACUGCCACGAGAGAGAGGCAGUUGUUAUAGUGAUUGGUGUUUGCAACUUGCCAGCACAAGUGUAGCAAAGAUGUUUUUUAAGAACUCCACUUGACUGACUACUGUAUUUAAAAACUGAAGUGACAUCUACAGUACCCAUAGGAUUGGUACCUCUGCCCAAAGACACUAGACAACAACUGUUGUUAAAUAUUAAUGGCCCAAAACUUGUUUUUUCCCCUGCUUGUUUGAUGAACAGUGUACCUUACAGGAGCAAUUUCAGAAGCA